UCUUUCCUAUCUGCUCUGAAGCGUCUGACUGACAACCUCAAUAUUUCAUUCAGGAGUUCGGAUCAGACUUCGUGCAGCUGUCUGUCGGAAACACGAGCAGAAUGGCCUCAGACUCAGUGGCUCAGGCUCCUGGGUCGAGGAUCAUAACCUUCUACCCCACCAAAGAGGAGUUCAAGGACUUCAGCCGCUACAUUGCGUAUAUGGAGGCGCAGGGUGCUCACUUAGCAGGGAUAGCAAAGGUCAUACCCCCCAAGGACUGGAAGCCUCGACGUACGUAUGAUGACAUCGAUGACCUGAUCAUUCCUGCUCCCAUCCAGCAAGUGGUGACCGGUCAGUCUGGGCUUUUCACCCAGUAUAACAUCCAGAAGAAGCCCAUGACUCUCCGGGAAUUCCGCAAGGUUUCCAACACAGAGAGGUUUUGCAGUCCAAAAUAUGCAGAUUUUGAGGAGCUGGAGAGAAGGUACUGGAAGAACCUGACCUUCAACCCUCCACUGUAUGGGGCAGAUGUUAAUGGAACACUCUACGAUGCAGACGUUAGUGAGUGGAACAUGGGGCAGCUGAACACCAUCCUGGACACGGUGGAGAAAGAAAGUGGGAUCAAGAUUAAAGGGGUGAACACGCCGUACCUGUACUUCGGAAUGUGGAAGAGCACGUUCGCCUGGCACACCGAGGACAUGGAUCUCUACAGCAUUAACUACCUGCACUUUGGAGAACCCAAAUCCUGGUAUGUUGUGCCACCAGAACAUGGAAAGAGACUGGAGCGGCUUGCUAAAGGCUUUUUUCCUGGAAGUGCUCAAAGUUGUGAAGCCUUCUUACGACACAAAAUGACUCUGAUCUCUCCAACAAUCCUGAGAAAGUAUGGCAUCCCCCUUGAGAAGGUGGCACAGGAAGCAGGUCAGUUCAUCGUGACCUUCCCCUACGCUUAUCACUCCGGUUUCAAUCAUGGAUUCAACUGUGCAGAGGCCACAAACUUUGCCACUCAGCGCUGGAUUGACUACGGCAAGCAGGCCUCAUUAUGUUCAUGUCGUAAGGACAUGGUGAAGAUCUCCAUGGAUGUGUUUGUGCGCAAGUUCCAGCCGGACCGAUAUAAACUGUGGAUGGCUGGAAAGGACAAUGCACCCAUCGACCACUCCAAACCCACCCCGGAGGCAGCAGAGUUCCUGCAGGAUUCCCAGAGACAGAGAGAGACGGGAGAGCUCAGCAACAGCAAAAGCACCGAGACCAAAAGAGAAGAGACAGACAGGGUAGAGACUGAAAAGACCGAUGGUGAGGCAGAUUUAGAAAGAAAGAGCACAGGAACAGAAGAUGCCGGGAUACAGAGUGGAGAGGUCAAUAUGGAGGGUGGGAAGACUACAGCAAACAGCUCUGAUGCUAAAAUAGAAGAGGUUGAUCAUUCAGAUGAACCAAAAGGGACGGAGACAAAAGAGGCAGAUGCAGAGAAAGAGAAGUCUGGUAAAGGAACAGAUCUAAAGAUAGAGGAAACCACGAUUGAAACCAAAAAUUCUAACAAAAUUGAGACGGCAGCAGAAUUGAGAGAUGUAGAAACCCAAGAUCUUGCUAGAGAAACAGAUGAAAAGCAAAUUAAAGCAGAAAGGACAGAUGCGGUGGAUAUGGAGACUGAAGAUAAAGAACAGGAAGGAGGAACUGAGGAACUUGAGACUCAACAGUCAGUGACACCUGAAAAGCAGAACGUAGACAUCAGCAUAGUAAAAACAACAAGUGGAGCAGUGGAGACUAAAAAAGAAGAGACAUGUGGACAGAAUGAGAGUAACAAACAAGAAAUAGACAUAUUAGAUGUGGAUAUAAAAGCGGGAGACUUUCACAUGGUUAGUAGAGAGACCGAAAGCAAGAAUAAGGAGAUGCAAGAAGUGAGUAAGACUGAAAACCUGAAGACGACUAAUUUAGAAAAGGUACAGAGGGAGACAGAAAUAAGAGAGGUGCAGACUGAGACAGGAGAGACAGCAGGAGAAGAGGCAAAAGGAGGGACAAGGAGUAAAGAGAUCAACAUGAAGAGCAAGCCAGGAGAGAAGGUAAACGAGACAGAGAAAGGAGAAAUAGAUAGUCAUCCAGGGGAAACAGUAGAAGGACAGUUAGAGAGUGAGACAGUAAGCCCUGCAGGACAGACAUGGCGAACAGAAAUAGUCCGUGUGGAAGAGGAGGCAGCAGUAGGAGGGGUGGAGAGUGAGACAGGAAGGACAGAGCGCUCAGAGAUAAAGUGUAAGACAGAUAAAGACGUAAAAGACCCAACAAAAGAGACCAAUCGAGAAGAAACGCAGUGUGAGGCAGGAGAGAUCGAGAACAUGACCGGGACGUGUAAAAUGAAAAGCCAGACUGGAGGUACAGAGUUAGUGAAUAGGUCAGAAUGUAAUGUGGCCGAAAGUAAGACAAAUAAAGAAGUGCAACGCCAGCCAGAAGAGAUAGUAUGUGAGACAGGGAGGACGAACGUGGAGAGCCCACUGAUUGAGACAGAGGCAGCGAGCUUAGAGACGGAAGGUAAAAACCCGAGUGAGGAACUUGUAAGCCAUACGGAAGUGACAGAACCUGGAGAAAUGGAGAGUCAGACAGGACCUACAGGAUUAAAUAAUGUAGGCAGUGAUACUGUUGGAGAAGCAAUGCCAAGUCCAACAGAAGACGCAGGAUUCAAAGACAUUGCUGGAGAAAUAGAAGAAACAUCAAGAGAAGAAACAACACAACCAACAGGAGAAACGGGGUUAAAAGAAAUGGAGAUGGAGACCGAAGGGACAGGAUUACAAGAAAUGGGAAGCCAACCAGGACCUACAGGACCACAGGAUAGAGAAAUAUUGACUGGCCCAACAGAAGAGCCAGGAUUAAAAGAGAUUGAAGAUGCAGCAAGAAAAGAAAUGGCACAACCAGCAGAAAUGGAUACUGAAGGGACAGGAUUACAAGAAAUGGGAAGCCAACCAGGACAUACAGGACCGAAUGAAGCAGAAAGUGAGACAGAUAGAGGAAUAUUGACUGGCCCAACAGAAGAGCCAGGAUUGAAAGAGAUGGAAGAAAAAGCAAGAGAAGAAAUGCCACACCCAGCAGGAGAAACAGGGUUAAAAGAAAUAGAGAUGGAGACCGAAAGGACAGGAUUAGAAGAAAUGGGAAGCCAGCCAGGACCCACAGGACUGAAUGGAGCAGAAAGUAAGACAGAUGGAGAAAUUUUGUCUUUCCCAACAGAAGAGCCAGGAUUAAAAGAAGUUGCUCAAAAGGCAGAAGAAAUGGUUUGCCCAACAGAUGAAAUGGAGAUCGAUUCUGGGUUAGAAAAAAUGGAGAGCCAGCCAGGACAUACAGGACCGAAUGGAGCAGAAAGUGAGACAGAUAGAGGAAUAUUGACAGGCCCAACAGAAGAGCCAGGAUUAAAAGAAGUGGUGCGAGAUGCAGAAGAAACUGCAAGAGAGGGAAUGGUUUGUCCAACAGAAGAAACAGGGUUAAAGGAAAUGGAAAUGGAGACUGAGGGGGCAGGGUUAGAAAAAAUAGAGAGCCAGCCAGGAGAGACCGGGAAACGUGAAAUCAUGAGUAAGACAGAAACGGGUGAGAUUGAGAGCCAUGCAGAAAUAGAAGAACUGACGUGCCUGACAGGAGAGACUGAAAAUAAGACAGAAGUAGAGAACCAACCAGAUGACAUUAUAAGGAAACCAGAUGAAGCGAAGUUGGAAUGUCAGUCGGGAAAGACAGGAUCAUCAGAAGAAGAAGAAGGUAGAGAAGUGACCAAGAAUCAGCCUGAUGAAACAGGACUGGAAAAAAUUGAGAGCCAGCAAGUAGAACUGGUGACUGAGACAAGUACAGUGGAGAUGAAGAACCAGACAGAGAAAGAACAAACGGAGAACAAGACUGAAAGAAAAGAGACUGAGUCGAAGGGUGGAGGGAUUGUGAGACAGACAGAACAGCUAGGAAGAAGAAAAAUGGAGAGUGAGACAGCAACAACGAUUAAAAAACAAGUCGGAUGUCAGAAAGGAGAUACACUUGGAAAGGCACAAAGAAGGGUAGAAGAUACGCCAGCUGGGACAAAGAGUAAGACUGCAGAGACGCUUCAGUCUAAGACUCGGCGAACAGGGAUGAAGAGCAAGGAAGACGUGACACUUGAAGAAGAGAUACAGAAUGACACAGUAGAGACUGUAAAAAGAGAAAUAAACACCAGGACAGGAAGGCCCAGGAGAAGCAGUAGGGGUAAAGCAGAAAACAAAGAUGUGGACAGUGAGACAGGGGGAGGGAAGGUGGAGACGGAGGGAAGAGAUACAGCAAGCAAGACGGGAGAGAAGGAGGAUGAGACUAGAAAAGACGAGCUGAAGAGCCAGUCAGUAGAGACCGUAAAAGAUGAGACGCCGAGCAAGCCAGGAAGGAUGAGGACAAGAAGAGUCAAGAAUGAGAUUGGGAAUGAUGAGCAGGUUGACGUGGGGGGCAAGACAACAAGAGGCAAGGUGGAUACUAAGAUUGAGGAAAAGAAGCUGAAGACCCAGCCGGGAAUGACCACAAGACGUAAGAGUGAAAACAUGACAAGAGAAGAGAAGAAAAGGGAAACUGAAGAUGCUGAGAGGAAGAAGACUGAGAGCCAGACAUCUCUGAGAAACCAGGUUAAGACUGAGACUAAAACAAGUGAGGUGAAGAGUAAGACCGUAAACCAGGAGGUGGAGAGCCAGACAGGAGAUACAGUACAAAGGAAAAGUGAGAAUAAAGCUGGAAGGACCACCAGGAGUAAAAUUAAGGCUGAGAAAGAGAAGGAAGAGGACACAAGCAUGGAUGACAGAGUGAUAAAUAACAAGGCAAAUGAAACCAUUAGAGAACAAGUGGUUACAGAAGAAGCUGCAGAAGAGACGGCGACUGAAGAAGAACCAAAGGUGGCGGCCAGCAGCAGCAAUUUAGUGCAGAGAAGAUGCAGUACCAGGUCGAGGGUGAGGAUGAAGCGGGACAGAGAAGCCGAUCCUGGUUUCGGUUUUGUUGAUUUUUAUGAGCAGGUGCCAAGUAAACGAGCGAGGCUGAUCCGCUCGGCAACACAGGGGGAGAACGAGCAAUCAAAUUCAGCACAACAAGAUGAGAGCGAGCAUGAGGAGAUUAUGGAAGUCGACACUCCAGCAUCGAAACAGGAAGAAAGACCAAACCAGCCCCACUCGGAGACUCCACCUCCUUCCUGUCCGUCAAAAAAGCAGCUAAUCGUGGUCACUCCAUCUAAACACAGUGAUUCUACCUGGUCUAAUAGCAUCACUGCAACCCCAAGUUAUAGCAAUUCUCUGUCCAGCGAUGCCACCUUGUCUUCCCGGCCCUGUGACGUCGCCUCUCCACCCAAAGAAGCCACUCAGUGCUGUGAUCUCCUCACAGCAAAGCGCAGUCAGCCUGACGACAUCGCAUCUCCACGGCGUGCCAUCACUGCCAAGUCUAAUAAAUCCACGCCCUCCACUGACCUUUCAAUAAAGUCUGACCCCAUCGAUCUCAGCACUCGGGCUAAUCCCACCAGUAAUACCAGGCAUCAUGGUGACAUCACACCCAAACGCAGGAAAACCAGCCCUAAACACGAGCCCAGAUCCAGCUCUGGUGGCGUGGUGAGUAGUGAGACCAGUAGGCAGAAUAAGGCUGUGAACCCCGCUCAGAGGAUUUUCCAGCGAACGCUCAGUCCGGCCGAAGUGCUUCACGUCCACAGCUAUGCUAAAGGAGACUACAGCGAUCUGGACAGAGAGCCAAGGGAUAGCGACACGGAUUCAGAUACGCAGGAGGACAGACAGUUGGCAGAAGAGAACUCUGAUGUGGCACUAAAGUGUCUGGUGAAGCUGCCCAGACAUCACCCGCUAAUGAAGGACAGCAUCAGUGACGAAGAGCUUCAGGACCCAGCUUUACUGGAGGACGAUGGUUUAGAGGGCGAACCCUGGGCAAAGCCCCUGGCACAGCUGUGGCAGAACAGACCUUACAAUGAGAAGCGAGAGAGGGAGUAUAACAGAGAGAUGGGCCUCCAGCCACCGUACUGCGCCGUCUGUAUGAUCUUCCAAACACACCAGCAGUCUGAAGAGGGCGACGGUGAGCGGACGCCGGUUCUCGUCGCGGUUCAGAUGAGGACGAAGCCGCUGAUUCCCGAGAUGUGUUUCAGCACGAGCACAGAGGAGAGCGCUGAGCUGAGUCUUUCCAGCCCUUACCUAGAUCAGGAUGGAACCAGCCUCCUGAUCAGCUGCUCCCAGUGCUGCGUAAGGGUUCAUACCAGUUGCUAUGGUGUGGCACCUGAGAGUGUCACCAAAGACUGGAAAUGUGCCCGCUGCAGUGCCAGCGCCUUUACUGAGAGCUGUUGUUUGUGCUCGUUACGAGGCGGAGCCUUACACAGAGCCAACAACAACAAGUGGGUACACGUGCUGUGUGCGGUGGCCGUGCUGGAGGCUCGGUUCAUAAACGUCACAGAGAGAUCUCCAGUCGAUCUCAGUGGAAUUCCCCUACAGAGAUUUAAACUGAAAUGCUACUACUGUAAGAGGAGGAUGAAGAAAACCACGGGUUGUUGCGUGCAGUGUUCUCACGGGCGCUGUCCCACCUCGUACCACCCAACCUGUGCCCAGGCUGCUGGCGUCCUCAUGCACCCGGAUGAUUGGCCCUUCAUCGUCUAUGUCACCUGCUGCCGGCAUAAAGGCCCCGUCCAAUCAGAGCGGAAGAAAGAAGCCAUGAGAGAAAUCCAUGCAGGCCAGAGAGUGAUCUGCAAGCACAAGAACGGUCGAUACUACCAGUGCGAAGUGGUUCGACUGACCAAGGAGACGUUUUAUGAGGUCAACUUUGACGACGGCUCCUUCAGCGACAACCUCUUUCCUGAGGACAUUGUGAGUCGUGACUGUGCCCAGUUGGGUCCUCCGGCCCCCGGAGACGUGGUGCAGGUGCGCUGGACUGACGGCAUCGUUUACGGAGCAAAGUUUGUGGCUGCCCGUGUCAUCCAGAUGUACCAGGUGGAGUUCGAGGACGGCUCCCAGCUCACCGCCAAGAGAGACGACGUCUACUCAUUAGACGAGGAGCUGCCCAAACGGGUCAAAACCAGACUGUCGAAGGCUUCCGACAUGCGUUUCGACGGGAUCUUCGGCGAGAAGAAGCUGCAGGACAGCAAGAGGCAUCGUGUGAUUAACUCCAGAUACAGAGGAGACUACAUCGAGCCCGUCAUCUACAGAACCAUCAUGGAGUAGUAACCUGCAUCGACUUCUUCUUCUACUUUACUUCUUUCUCUUCUCAGCACCAGCACUGAUCAGAACUUCCACUCAGUGUCACAACAAGUGGGAAUGUUAAUCUGGUAUUGAAAUCCGUCCACCCCAUAACUGUCAGAAGCUAUCGGUUUUCUGUGCCACAUCCCCAUAAGAAGUGGAUUUUAUAUAUUUUAUAUAUUUUGUCUUGUUUAAACUCCACAUUUGCAUACAGGUGGCCAGAAAACAUUCAUGUUUGUACCAAUUGUGAUACAGAUUCGAUAGAUCUCGAUUUCAACUGAUGUUUUUAGCAUUAAUUUAUUUCUGGUUGCACACAUGGUGCUAUUCCUGCCCAUAUUUUUACUGAAAAAAGGAACGUGUUGCCGUUUUAUGAUCACCUCUUCCCUUUAAAAAAAAAAAAAAAAAAAAAAAAAAAAAACACUGUCAUCAGUUGUACAGCUUCAUUCCUGACUAUUAUACGUAGAUUAUUUGGAACCAAAUGAAUUUAGCGCUUCGUUUUAAUUUUAUUCCAGAUUAUUUAUUAGACGGUGCUUUCUGAAAGUAGCUUUCGUAAUAUUACUAACUGUGUGGGUUCUAACCGCGGAUCUGGAUGGACGAUGUGGUUUUUGUGUUCUUGUUUGGGAUGUUUCCAUUGUUCAGAUGCCACAGAUUUUCUUCCUGUUUCCCAGAGAGGAUUUUAAAGAUUAGCUUUGCACUCCUGUUCAAUCAGAAAUGUUUAAUAAUAAUAAUAAUAAUAAUAAUAAUAAUAGCAGCUUGGGGCACCCAGGUGGCGCAGCAGGAUAUUCCACAAGCACAUCAGCACCGACAUUCUGAACUCUUCGGUUCGAAACACGGUGUUGCCACCGGUCGGCUGGGCGCCAUCUGGCGGGCAUAAUUGGCAGUGUCUGCAGCAGAUACUAAUUGCCCACCGUAUCUGCAGGGUGGGGGCCGGACUAUGUGUGGGUUGGUGGGUGGGUCUGUCUUUAUACGCUGUGUAAGGACCCUGAUUGACAGAAGAGACGCCCGUGCAGAGUGCAGGGGCGAGCAGAGGAGGGCUGUACACGUGUCGGAAGAGGUGUAUACAGCGACGUGCUCUCCUUGGAUGCAAUCGGGUAUCUCUCAGCAGCGGAAGACAGAAAUUCGAGUGUGCUAAUUCGGGAGGGAAAUGGGGAGAAAAUGCAUAAAAAAUUAAUAAAUAAAAUAAAUAGUAAUAAUAGCAGCUUUGGCAAUCGUAAUCACUUAUCUAUUAGACAUGGGCCGAUGUAAAAAUACUCGUUUAUGAAUGCCCAGCAUUCCAGACUGUUCAGAAUAUCGCAGUAUAUUGUAAUAAGAAUACCUUGCGUUCAUUUUGAUAGGCAUUUUCCUUGGUAUGGUCAGCAUAGUGGGUCCCCUUGUUGGGUUCAUUUGUUUCUGAAAUUAGACAUUGUUCCCGUAGCUAAAAUCAGUUCUUAUAGUUGUUUUGGAUUAAAAGGACUUUUAAAAGUAUCCCCUACGUAAAGGAACCUUCUAUUAAAGUUAGCUGGGAGAUCUUUUCAUGUAUUCUGUAGUCAUGUGCCCAUCUGCUUGCGCACAGUAAUGGGAUUGUUUUUACCACAUCCUGUCUGCAACCUCAAGUUGUUUUUGAGUCUCACAGAAUUGGGUUUCCUGUGUGUUAAUGGAUGCCUUUAAUGCUCUGUAUUAGCCUUUAAGCCCGUUUCUCCACUGAAGUGGUGCUAGUAUGGCCGUCAGCGUGUUCAGGUUAGCUGAAAGUAACAGGUGAGCCUUGGGUGUACUGGCCUGUUGGGUAUAAAUGCCACCAUCACUUACUCGUUUCUGAUACACUAGGCUCACUGGAUCACUUCCCUGGAUACACUAGGCUGUAGGAACAGGUCUGGCUUGCUAAUUUUAGCUCAUUUGCUAACUAGCCUGAUAGCUAACACACUAAAGUUAGCAAGCUUGACUUUAGGACACCUAAAGGAUCCGUUUUGGACAUUUAGAAGAGUAACCAGCCUGACAGAGCCACUGUGCUCAUCACACCAGCAUGUUUUCAUUGUCAGUCUUAUGAAUCCUGUCAUAUGCUAUCCUGGUCAGGGUCACAGUGGGUUUGGGGCUGGAAGGCAGAAAUACCCUAGACAGGAUGCCAAUCCAUUGCAGGGUUCAAGCCACCAACCCUAGAGACGUAGCCAGACGUCUGUGUACAUACCCGGCCAGUGGAUAGCAACUCGGAUUCAAACACAGUCUCAGCAGUGGUGGCUUAGAGUAACAGGCCCAAGCUUUAUGAUAAUACAGAGUUGAACUGAUUUCUGGUCUGACCGGUGAGAUUCUGUUUACCAUGUGUUUAAGAUUUUCAUAACUGAAUUAUAUAAUUAUCUUUUAUAAGAAAAUCAUCUGUGAUUCAUUUUUAAUUACUCUAAAAUAACAUGAUGGCUGUCCUAGACAGUCAAGCCCAAACACGUUUCCUACCAAAGCAGCCUUUGUAAAAACAGAACAUAAACAAUAGACGUACUGACCAUAGUUUGAAGCGUCAAUGAUGAUAAAAAUGUGCCUGUUAACACUGAGAUGUAUUUUUAAUCGGACCAUGUAUAAUCCCUAUGCUAUAAUUAAACUAGUUUUGCACUUAGGCCAAGUUUGUGGAGUGUGAGCUCCGAGCUCUGAGGUCUGGCUCAGCCGAUAGAGGUGUACCUAUAUCACCACUUUAAAAGAAAUUGAUUAUUAAAAUGUUUUUUAUUCACUCAUUAUUAUUAUUAUUAUUGAGAAGUAUAUUUUAUUGCUUUGUUUUGUAUUCAGUGUUUAAUGUUUAUAUGCUGUGAGAUUAGAGUUGUAUGUAGUAUGUAAUUUAAAAACAUGACCUGCCAGUGCAUUGCUCAGCUUUCUUACUAAAGUUCGAGCCUCUGCUACACCCUGCGUGGUUGGCAUGGGGCUCUGAGGCGUCAGUUUCUGUCUUUUGUAAAGAUUGUAAGUGUGUCUGUCAGUAAAAAGUAUAUACAUAUCACUUCA